CUAAAUUUGCUAAACGUUUUUUUUUAAUGUACUAAAUUCAUAACGCUUAAAUGGAAAAGGAAGAUAAAAGACCUGAAUGGGGACGCAAGUGCGGCGAGGGCUGCUUGGUCCCGCAACGCAUUGCUGUGGCUCUGCUGGGAUUUUUCGCGUUACUGUUCGCGUAUACGAAUCGUAUCUCAAUAUCCCAUGUAAUCGUUGAACUGGUUGUGCCUAAGCUUCGAACGAAUGUUACAAAAGGAACAGUAUGUCCCGGUGACAAAUCACUUUCAACCCACAAGCUAUCGGAUUACGCAGACAGAUACCGUUGGUCUGAGGAACUGCAAGGGUUUAUUUUAGGUAGCUUCUAUAUAGGGUACAUAAUAACCCAUCUGCCCGGUGGCAUACUAGCUGACAGAUUUGGAGCGAAAUGGGUCUUAGCCAUCGGCAUGCUAAUAUCCGCCCUUACCACUUGCCUUACGCCAGUCGCAAUUAUGUACGGUCACGAAUGGGGCUUGGUUGCGAUUCGUAUCAUAAUGGGACUCGCGCAAGGACCCCUCUUUCCAGCUAUGACCACUCUGCUCUCCCAUUGGGUACCCAAAAAGGAGCGUGGCACAUUGGGCACCAUCUGCUACAGCGGCGUGACCGCAGGAACGGUCUCUAGCAACCUUGGCUCCGGCUUAAUGCUGCAUUCAAUGAAUUGGCCUAUAUGCCUCUACGUUUUUGGUUCUUUAACAAUUCUUUGGGUAAUACUUUUCGUAAUAAUUUGCUACAGCAGUCCCAGCCUACAUCCAUGGAUCCGAACGAAGGAGAAGAUUUACCUAGAAGAGCAAAUACCAAUGAAAGCUGAAAGGCCGCCGAUACCCUGGAAGAAGUUGUUAUUUAACAAGCCAUUGGCAGCAACGAUUGUAGCUCAGAUAGGACACGAUUGGGGCUACUAUGUUAUGAUCACCUGCCUACCCAAGUUUAUGGCAGACGUGCUUGGGGUGACCAUACGUUCGAAUGGCAUCAUGACUUCUCUCCCUUUCGUUGCGAUGUUUAUUAGCUCGAUUAGUUGUGGCUUUUUAACCGAUUGGCUAAUACGCACAGGCAGAAUGUCUAUUAACUUAGAACGAAAAUUGUUUAACUUUAUUGGUGCCAUUGGACCGGGAGGCCUAACAGUCGCAGCGUCGUACGCUGGCUGCGAUGUCUAUGUAGUAGUUGCACUCUUUGUUUUAGCUAUGUUUACAAUGGGUGCAUACUAUGUCGGCCAAAAGCUCUCGCCAAUGGAUAUGUCACCCACUUUCUCGGGCACUAUCACGGCCAUCUGUAAUGGGCUUGGCUCUCUGGCUGGCUUGGCAGCACCUCCUAUUGUCGGAUUGAUGACACCCCAGACGACAGUAGCUCAAUGGCAUGGCGUAUUCUGGCUGGGCUUUGUAAUAUUGGUUUUGUCAGCAAUCGUAUUUUGGAUUUGGGGCACAGCCGAGAUACAGUCGUACGAUCCCAAUGCCCCAGCGAAAACAGCGUAACUAAAAGACUGAUAG